AGAAUGGUUCAUCUUUUUAAGUUCAGUGCCCAUUAAUGAGCUUUUUAAGCUGAGAUCUGUUGGUUAAGAGCGUUAUUUCCAUUAAAUACCAAUUCAAGUUUCAGUAUUACUGCUUUUUAAUUAAGUAGAAAGUGAUCAUAGAGAGAAGAUGGCGUCGUCACUUCCAUUUUCUCCUGUAGGAACAUGCAGUUUCAGUUCCAGACCAAAAAGCUAUGCACCAACAACUAAACUUCAUCCCUUCCUUUUCGCUUCCUCUGUCAAAUCCAUCUCAAAACUUCAACUUCAGUCUAACCAAAUACAAGCCGCACCAAGUAAACCCAACUGGAUCUUGCUUUCGGCAACGAAAAGGGCAGCCCAACUUCUUCACUGUGGCAUUUCAUCAAACGAUUUAAGCGCAAACACUGAUAAGAGUUUUAGGGAUUGGAUUGUGGUGAUUGGUGAGGCAAUAUCUACAGCAUUUCCCUUAUGGGUAUCUUUGGGUUGCAUAUUGGCACUCAUAAAACCCACUUCUUUCAAUUGGGUCACUCCAAAAUGGACCAUUCUUGGCAUAUCCCUUACCAUGCUUGGUAUGGGUAUGACACUUAGCUUUGACGAUCUUAAAGCCGCUUUAGCUAUGCCUAAAGAGAUUUUCUCCGGUUUUGUGCUUCAAUACUCGGUGAUGCCGCUCUCAGGAUUUCUGGUAAGCAAGAUCUUGAAUCUGCCAUCACAUUAUGCAGCUGGUCUAAUUUUGGUUGGUUGCUGCCCCGGUGGAACCGCAAGUAACAUCGUGACUUACAUUGCACGUGGAAAUGUGGCGCUCUCAGUAUUGAUGACAGCAGCAAGCACUCUAACAGCAGUGGUCAUGACCCCAUUUCUUACAGCCAAACUGGCUGGGCAAUAUGUUGCCGUAGAUGCAGUUGGACUGCUAAUGUCAACCUUACAGGUUGUGCUUCUUCCAGUUCUAGCUGGUGCGUUUCUAAAUCAAUAUUUCCAGGGCCUGGUUAAAUUUGUAUCACCUGUGAUGCCGCCCAUUGCUGUGGGAACUGUUGCUAUUCUAUGUGGAAAUGCAAUUGCACAGAGUGCUUCAGCAAUCCUCAUGUCUGGUCAACAAGUGGUGCUUGCUGCUUCUCUACUUCAUGCAUCUGGCUUUUUCUUCGGAUAUACACUUGCGAGAAUGCUUGGACUUGAUGUGGCAUCUUCACGAACCAUCUCCAUCGAGGUUGGAAUGCAGAACUCUGUGCUUGGAGUGGUUCUAGCAACUCAGCACUUUGGAAACCCACUGACUGCCGUACCAUGUGCAGUUUCCAGCGUAUGUCACUCGGUCUUUGGCAGUCUACUGGCUGGAGUUUGGAGGCGAAGUCUGCCUACCCAAAAUAAGGAUUGACAUGUGGUGUGGAAGCUAGAAAUUCAAACUUAUAACGUCCUGGCUUCAGAAAUGACAUGGUAAUCACAUCUGAUAAUCCUGUUCUGAUAUGUACUGAAAAUGUAACAAAGCUUUAUGCCUUUUCAUUCAUGUCUACAAGGUAGUAGUGAACUUAGCUAAGCUGAAUUCAGCAAACCUGUAAACCUAAUAAUGAACUUGCUGUGAUGUUUUAUGUGGGCAUCAUAUAAAGGAUCACAGUUGCAUUUGGUGCAAAUUAGUUGAUGGAUAGAUAACUGGAGCUUGGUAUUUUAAGUUUCAGAUUACUCCCUCCGCCGCAGCGCCCCAAUGAACGGUUAUUUUGGCCCCUCCUAAAUUAUAGUAUACUUUUCUUUUC